CUUGCUGUUCCUUCAUUCCUCUUCCCACAAAACAAGAAGAGGAAGAAAAACAGAGGAGAGGAAGAAGAGGAGUGGAGAAGCCUUGAGUCCUACCCUGUAGAAGAUCUCAGAAGCUUUUCUCUCUCUAGAGAACUACCAGCAACGUUCACCCAUAAUUUGAGAGAUGGUGAACGAAUACAAGAGAAUUGUUCUUCUGACAGGAUUAAUGGGUAUUACUGACCAUGAGUUUAAAAUGGUUAAGGCCUUGUUGAGAAGAGAACUAAAACUAAAUAAAAUGCAAGAUAAGUAUGACAGAGUUAAGAUUGCUGACUUGAUGGAGGACAAGUUCCCAAAAGAUGCUGGAUUGGACCAACUGAUAAAACUGUAUAAGGAGAUUCCUGGACUUAGAAACAUUGCUGAUACACUCAAGAAAGCAAAGGCAAAAGCUAAAAUGAAACAGAUAAAGAAAAGGAAAACAGCAGAGAAAAGACAAAGACGAGAAGAACCCAGUACUUCCCAACCAAUGUCCACCAUAAAUGAAGAUGUGGAACCAGAAUCAGGCAGGAGGAGUACACAGAUCAUCAAGGCUAGGAAGUGAAAAGCAACCACUUGGUCCCGCUUCAGUUAUGAAACUGCACAAAUUCUUGUUAUGAAGACUUGGAUUCCACUGAUGUUUAUACAGAUAAGAUCCAGUUCCAACUACAAAAUAAUGUCAUUCAACUGAUUAAAGCCAGUUUUUU